AUGGAUCUACUCAAGGAGUUCAAGGCGAGAUCAGUCCCAAGCGCCUGCAAACUUUUGAAUGACUAUAGCAACAACCUCUUCUUGUCGCCUGGAUCCCUCUCGAUCGACCAUGCGAAGACGUUGCAUUCGGCACUACCCGCGAUCCUGACGCAGAUCUUUGGUGCACCGGCAACAAGAGGAUGGGUGCAAACCGAGAUACCAACGGAGCAUGAUGCAUCCAUUGUACAGGUGUUGAAACCAGAUGGCCCCUUUGUCCAAGGUCUGGUUUAUUUAAGCAAGUUCCCAGAAUAUUCAUACGAUGUGGCAACCGAGAGCCUACCGGAUGAUGUGCGCAAAGCAUUAGCUGCCGGUGCCAUUCAAUAUCUACCCCGUCUUUACACCAAUUGCACUCAUAUGGAAAAACGUACAUCUACCAGCGCCACGAAUGAUAUACGAACAGCUGCAACACGACAAUCCACCAUCUUUCCACGAUCAUCUUCAGGCGAAUAUCAGAUCCGAUUCUCCACUAUCCAAUUUUAUCUCUUUUACAUCACCAGCGUUGCCACAUGGGUGCCAUUAAUGCCAUCUCCUCCACGACCUACUCCAGCGACUCAACCUCAUUCCCUCGUCAAUCGUAUUCAUCCACAGCACCCAACAACAACAACCCAACAAGAACCAAUUCGUGUACGAAGCAUCGUCAAUGGUGCCUACAGUGAUAUCAUCAAUACAUAUUUACGCCAUUUUAUACCUUGCGUUACACGUGGAUCAGGACAACAAGAUUUUUUGCCCAGUAUUGGAACAUUCUUCCUCGAUGCAUGUAUUGAAUUAUGGCUGAGAACACCAUGGAUCUCGAAUGGACAAAAGCUAUCUUCAGAGUAUAUGCAUUGUAUACGCCUUUUCAUGACGUUUCUUGUCAGCGGUGAUCUUAGACGACGACAACACGAGCCAUUGUUCAAAUCAGUAUACGAUGUUGCAAAGAAUGAAAUCUAUAUGCUUAUUUCUCGAUUGGCACUCAAUUGGUCCAAGACGGAUGGAUAUCUUCAAGUGAUAUCAUUGUGGUCAUUAUGGGCAGCCCCUUGGCGACUUGGAGCUACGCCGCGUAGUUUUGAGAAUGAAACGUUUCGACCUAUAGCUGAAGGAUGGCGUCAAGUGAUCUUGGAUAAUCUCUUGUUUUACAUACCUUUGGUGGAAAUCUUUUUACAACGCACGUCGACAUUCACAUAUCCCGAAGCAGCACCAGCACCAGCACCAGCCAUGUCCAUCAACCCUAUGCCAUUCAAUCAUCCACAUGCUACUACAACAACUCCAACCCAAGCACAACAACAACAACAGCAACAACAAGAUGAUACCAAGAUUGGUGGUCAAUUGAGGAUCAUUUAUCGCCUGAUCAAUGUAUUGAAAGCAGAAGAUUUGACACAAUUUUUGGCACUCUCUGAACAAGCUCUUGUGAAUAUCCACACUCAACAAACCAAUGCCAGUGCAAUGAAAUCGGAGAACAACAAUGAUGCUGGGGAUACAUUGGCCAAUAAAUACUUUGGUGAUCAACGAGAUGCCAUGUGGGAGUGCUUGAAAAAGACGCGUGACGAUCUCGUUCAGCUUGGUGGGGGUACAUGGGCACCACCCCACUUGUAUAUAAAAGAAGCAAGGUCACGAGCAGAGCCAUUGACGAAGACAUUGGGUGCUAUUCAGGAUGCCAUUCAAUCACGACAAGAAGGACAAUUACCAUGGGCUGCUGCUGCCGCUGCUGUUGCUCAUGUUCGCCAAACACCUGCACAACAAAAAUCCAAGCAACAGGCAGCCGAGUUACAAAAGGCGGCGAAUGCAUUUGCAAAUUGCUUUUCGCUCUCCCAAUCACAAGGGAAAACUCGAGCAGCAGCACCUGGUCAAGAAGGAACUCGAUCCAUAUUUCCAACAUUACAAAGACCCACCAAGCCUUCAAUAUCAGUGCGCAAGGAUCCUGUUCAAGUAGCAGGUCUCAAAUCGAAUAAUGGCUUCCUAUCAGAGCAAGAACGAGAAAUGAUAUUACAAGGGAAGAUGCACUGUGCACAUAGAAAUAUACCAGCAUUGGGUCCACGUGCAGAUGAAGUGGUGCGAUCGUAUGAAUUAAGUGUGAUGGUACGCUGGAUCGUACCAGCCGAUAGGUGGUUGAACAAGCAUUACUCCCGAUGGAAACCAACCAGGCUGUCAAUGCUUCCGGAUAAACUUACAUUAAGACCUCUGGCGGCGUCCAUUAAUGUAGCAUAUUUAUCGUCUGACAACCUUUAUCCUUUCACUCAUCCCUUUUCCAUGGCAGACACAACUCAAUUGGACAAUCAAGAAACAACGGAUGUUCGUGACUCAUCGAAUGUGCGUACGUGGAAGGAGCUCCACCAAGGCGAACAAAAGUUGACAGAAUCACUUCGAAAGCAGCUUGACAGAGCACGCAAAGACAAGGCUGAUAUGGAAGCCGACCUGGAGUCGCGUGCAAAAGCGUUCCAAGCAGCCCUUGAACAACUACAAUCUGGCUCGCCUAACAAGAUCACUCGAUUGGAUGCAUUGUUGGAGAUACAAGAUAUGGAUGAGCUCAAGGCCCAAGUCAAGAAGCUGCACGAGACAUGCCUUCAGCAAGAAGCUCGGAUCAAGAAGCUCGAAUUUGAUUUGGAGAUGGAACAAGGCCAUGUCAACAUCCUUCGCCAUGAUAAUCAAAUGUUACGCCAAAUGACAGUGGAUAUGACUGCUCUUGCUGAACAAGAAGAAGAAUACAUCUCAAACAAGCUCUUGAAACGCAUCUCUGGUCUCAAAAAGGAGAAAGGCGAGUUAUUAAUGCAGGUGGAACAAGAAGAAGAAUACUUGACAAAUACAUUGCAGAAGCGUCUCAAUCAGCUUCAAAAGGAAAAGAUUGAUCUCGAGAAUGCCCUUGAACAAGAACAAGAAUACAUUGUCAACAAGCUUCAAAAGCAACUUGAUUCUCUUCGAGCACAACAACCUAUCAAGUCACCUUCAUUGCGUAGCAUACAAGAUGCUCCUGUCAGCCCAGCAGCCACAGCUUCUCCUUCAUUGAGUGCAAAGAAAUGGCACCCGACUGGAUCACCAUCAGAUGUAGCACCAGCUGGUUUGAUCGAAGUGCUACGGGCCGAGAAUGCGGCAUUGAAAAGCAAAACGGCGGAAAUGGAGAAAGAAUAUAUGAACAAGGUACAACAAUGCAACAAGCAUAAGAGUGAACUUGUUCAGCUUCGCAAACAACAAGACUUGGCUGUUGAUGAUCUUGUUAUGGAUGAAGGUAUACCAGCUGUAUUCCGCUCUGUGCCUCCAUCGCCCAGUAGGCAAGUCCGAGGUCGAAGAUCAGCAUCGAUAUCGUCGCAACGAUCAGUGGAUAAAAGCAACAUGAAUUUGAACGCCAUCCCACCUUUGCAACUUGAUAAUAGCUCAUCAACAUCUACCGCCACUUCAACGAAUCAUCACGAUCAUAGCACUGUUGGUCCUCAAGCUAUUCCCGAUAGUCAUUCGGUAUCUCGAUCACGCUCAGAAUCCACCAGCUCGACAUCGGGUAGCCUUCCGAAGACAGCAGCCAAGCGUAUAUCCGGUGGUCUCUUUGGCCUUAGUUCUCCUCCUCCGCAGCACCCUCCUCACCCUUGA